AUCUGGUGCAGAGCGUCUUGGGAGUUGUAGUUGUAUUUCCCUCUUGCAUCACAGGGAGGUGAAGUUAUGGCGGUUGAAAUACAUCUGCAGUUGAGUGAGUGGUUGGGUCCACUCGGCUUUCAGUGUGCCCCAUUCAAGAUUGCUUGGUACAACGCUUUCGUACAGCCCUCUUUUCACCUUCAGUACCAAGAUGACACAUUGGCCUUUGUUGUCCUCAGUACACCUCAGAUGUUUGAGAAAGCCUUCAAACCUUACAUUGCAGAUAUGCUGUGGGCCACAGUUCGGGACCCUAUAGAUGAGUGUGUUGUUCAUUAUUUUACACUUCUGAAAAAAAAUUUCUCUGAUCACAGGAUUGAAACCAUACAUGACUUUGAGAUGUUUCCUAAUCGAAAGCCAAAGAUUUUGGUACAGACAGCUGCACAUGUGGCUGGAGCAGCCUAUUAUUAUCAAAUGAAGGAUGUGCAGCAAAAUCCCUGGGGAGAAAAAAAGAUGACUGGAGUCUGCAUUCAUCCACGCUAUGGGGGCUGGUUUGCAAUACGAGGAGUCUUGAUAUUCCCAGAUGUCCAGGACCAAGCCCUUGAGCAGAAGCUACCUGUAGACUGUGUGUCAACAAAUGAGAAAAAGAUCCAAUUACUUGAAAGGUUUAACUUUCACUGGCAAGACUGGACCUACAGAGAUAUCAUUGAUGUAGAGGAAAGAUAUUCCGAAGAACAAAAGCAGUAUUUUGCUACACCUCCUGCUGAAAGAUUUAAACUUCUUGGACUGAAAGGUGAUGCUUUUAGAGGUAAUCAGCAACCUAAAACCCAUGGAGAUUUUUAACCUGUCCACUCACAGGCGCAUGUGAAGGGAAAGUAAUAGAGAGAGGGUUCACUAUUUAGCUACUGCAUAAAUAAAUUAUGGGAAUAAAGAGACUCUGUUUUUGUGAAUGGGAUAAUUUAUGUACUCCAUUCCUUUAUUUGCCCUAAUAUGUAGUUUUACAUCAUCUUACAAAAGAAGCAUGGUUUUCUAUUUUGGCUUUAUAUUUUCAUAUGGUUUUUGGCUCUCUGUAUACUUAUUGCUUUAUAAAUUGAGAAAUUAGCAUUAUUAGAUUAUUCAUAAUUAGAUAUCUACUUACUCAAAAUGUGAUAUUUUGAGAGGUUUUCAGUGAGUUUGUUACCUAAGCAAAAGCAUGGCCUUCAGUUUAUAUUCUGAGUUUGCAAAAUAACUUUGUUUAUUCAGAAUGUAAUGUAGAAGCCAAUACAUAGAAAUUGAUAUGGACGAAGUCAAAACAUGGAAAAAAUGCACUUAGCCUAACCCUAUUGAAACAGGACUACUGACAUAAGUAAACGUUAUGAAAAAUCUGAAAUAAAGGUUUACAUUCAGAAGUCACUUUAAAGGGUCUUGCUGAACAUGACCCUUGAUCAUUUAAAAAUAUUCAUUUUAAAGCUACAUUAUGUACACAAUAUUUGUGAAAUUAUGUACUAAAUAUUGUGAACUCUGAGAGAACUGUUACAAGUCUAUGUGCUGAAAACUUUAGAAACACUGAGCAGAUGUCAGCAUUAUAAGUUACAAAAGCAAAAUAUUGCAGAUUUUUGAAAUUUGAAGUAAAAGUGGAAAAUGUUGGAAAUCUCAGUAGGUCUGGCAGCAUCAAUGGAAAGUGAAACAGAAUUCAUGUUUAGAGUCUGAUAUGACACUAAUUCUGUGCCCUUGUCACUCUUAGUGCUUCAUCUAAAUGGAGUUCAACAUGGUAGAGUACAGAUUCAACAGAUGUGGGGCUGGUGUAUGUGGUAAUCAAGAGGUUUUGGUACCUGUACUUAAUCUGAUGUCAUGAGAUCUCGCAAGAUCUAAUGUAAAUAUUGACUCUUAUCUUAACUGACUCUUAACUUACUCCUGACUGUAGACCACUCAACCAUUACUGUCACGCCAGGGAAUCAAUCUUGUUUCAAUGAAGUGUGCAGGGGAGCAUGCUAGUAGCAGCAAUAGGCCUUCAUAAAAAUGAAGUGUCAAUCUGAUGAAACUACAACCCAGAACUAUUUGCAUGCCAAACAACAAAAGCAGUGGUAGACAGGAUUAAGUGAUUCCAGAAUCAAUGAAUCACAUCUAAGCUCUGCAAUCCUGUCACAUUCGGUUGUAAGCAGUGAUGGACAAUUAAACAAGUCUGGAGAAGGAAGUUCCACAAAUAUUCCAUUCUCCAUUAUAGAGAGCCCACCACAUAUGCCAGAGAAAAUGCUGAAGUAUUUGCAACAAACUUUAGCCAAAAUACUGAAUGAUAUUUAAUAUCAGCUGCCUGCUCUGGAAGUCCAACAUCACCCACCACUCUGCAAUCGUCCAAUUAUACCAAGGUAAACUCUUUCUGCUGCCCUUCACUUUGUUUUUGAGAAGUGAUCUCAAUAGCUUUUCUCUAUUGCUUUGAAUAGUCUUAGGCACAGUACUGAGCUCUCUUGUACUACUUGUCACUUGAAAUGUCUCUGAUCAUUCCUUUUCUAGGCUGAUACAUUCUAGUUGGUCCCAAUUAGGGUCUCACAUCUUUACUAGCAAUAUUACAGUUCGACAACAUGUCUGGUAACUUUCGAUGAUAAACACGAUUGAAUGUUAUUUGUAGUCUAUGACGCACAAGAUAUUGAUUACAUUUUUAAAGUUUGUUCUGGUAAAAUAUUCCCUCGUGUUCUGACACCAGACCAUUUAAAUACAGACUGUUUCACCAA